ACAGCUACUGCCUCUAAGGUCAACGCUCAUGCGCACAUGGCCAAACAUCUCGCGGAAAGGCCUUCCGGGGCGCGAGUGUUAGCGGAGACUGGCGGCGUCCCUAUUCUAAUUCGCGCACUCCAUGCAGCAUCUACCAAGUUUCUCGACCUAUUUGAGGGGGAGAAUACUAUAUACGACAUCCUCUCCUGCCUUGUCUUGAUCUUCUCCUCUCGACCAUUCUACCCCGACGUUGCUGUCGCUUUUGAGAACAACCUUAUCCCCGCAAUAAUGGCUUGCGCGAGGUCGCAACGGAUGCGACCACUGUCCCGAGACGCAUUGAACCAACUCAAACUUUUACUAACCAGAACACUGCCCGCGGCAAUGGUCUACUCCUCCGUUGUACGUGCCCUGGCUCAAGGCGAGAAAGCGAUGCUCAGCACAGCGGACUACUGGGAGCCAAUUGGGACCGAUGAACUUCUGGGUACUCCACUACACGAGGAAUAUAAAGGAUUCAUGGUGUUACUUGCCACCCGUCUGUGCGACUAUGACAUAUUCCGGUCGGGGGCGCAUUCGGAUCUUAGGGCUUGCGAUAACCACCUUUGUAACAUCAUUCAACCUACCGCCAAAUUCAAACGAUGUGCCCAAUGCGUUGAGUCAUAUUAUUGCUCUUCCAUUUGCCAAAAGGUAGCAUGGCGUCAAAACGGACAUCGCACACGAUGCACCCCAUUAUCACAUACUCCCCAAAAGUUUCCUGGCAGUUCUGACACCUUGCUGCACAAGCGGGACGACCGCUUCCUGCGGCUGAUCAUCCAGCAACAUUACAUGCGCUCUUCAUUUGAGCUCCUCCAGCAACAACUGGCGUAUAUUCGCGAAACCCGGCGGACGGACUUUGUGCUGGAGUUCAUCUUUACCGCCGGUCACCCGGUCGAAGUGCAGGUGACGCAUUUGCCGUUCAGACAGGAGGACGGCUUCGAUCGUUGGCCAGCGGAUGCGCCGCCGCUGACGCGUUGUCUUGUUGCGCUCGACGCGGGCGGCGGGCACGGUAAAAAAACGGAGAUGGUUGUGCGGACAUAUCUGCUCCGGCGGGCCCCGGGUGCUUCAGAGGAGCUAGCGCGCCGGAUGGUGAAGCUUGCAUCGGAGAUGCAGAACGGGGACAUCUGCGAGGAAGGCAGUGUAGUGUAUAGGAAGUUGCAGCAGAUCAGUGUGUUGGAUGUGGUGGAGGUUGUUUGCUGA